AUGCAACCUAGGCUCUGGUCCCACUGCGGCGAGCCGCGGAAGUUUGCCGAACGUGAUCCGGAAUGUCCCCGGGCGCGGCCGGCUUUCGUUCAGCGUUCCGUGUUUCUGCAUGACUUGGAUACGGAUCAAGAAACGGACAGAUUGCUGGGUCAACACCGGUCAGACGACGGCGGCUUUUUCCGAGAUGAGAAGGUGAGAGAAUUUGGCGGUUGUCGUAUGCCUGAGCAAACCUUGGCUGAGUCGUGA